AUGAAAAAAAAAACGGGAAACGGCAAGAAACGGGAUGUCCACCACCUUCACUUUACUAGCUGGCCAGACCACAGUGUGCCGGACGCUGCUGCCCUGCUGGACUUCAUGUGGAGGGUCAAGGUCAUUACUGAACAACAAACACAACCCAUCAUAGUCCAUUGCAGUGCUGGAAUUGGUCGAACAGGGACGUACAUCGCUAUCGAGAGUCUUGUGGAACAGGCAAAGUCAGAGGGCGUUGUGAACGUCGUCAGCUUCGUCUCCAACAUGAGAGGGCAGAGGAAGAACAUGAUUCAGACAAAGGAGCAGUACAUGUUCGUGUACAAGGCGGUGGCGAGGGCGGUGGCAGAGGGUGACACGUCACUGGACGCUGAAGUCAUCAGGCAGAUGGACCUAGAUCACGUGUCUGAUAUCAACUUUGGGAACAAGACUGUACGACAACAUCUGGAGGCGUUGAGGAAUGUACAUCGAGGAAACUCCGAGAGCGUCAAUGUAAGGAGCGUUCACUCUUACACAAAGCGUAAUGGCUUCUUCAUAAUGACGUCACAUCCAGACAAGGAGGAAGUUUGGAAUCAGGUUUACAACAGUGACUCGCACUGCCUGCUCACGUUUGCUGUCGGUGAUCUGAGUUAUCUACCAUCAGUUGAUAGUCCCAUUACAACAAAGCAGUUUGCAGUGACCAUGCGCAGUUCAACACCACUGUCUAAUGACUUUCUGUUGAAUACAAUUGACAUCAUUUCAAAGAACAGCGACGUCAGAGACAAUCCCCAUAGUAGCCGCCCAUCAGACAGCAAUGCCCACAGCUAG